AACCGUGGAUGAAGGGGGACCGCUGUACCAUUGCUGUAAAAAGUACAGAAACGGUCUCCGCCAGUCAAGAAACCCUCACAAGUAUUUUGCCAUGGAUGUAGAAGAUGAAGAAAACAUGAGUUCCAGCAGCACUGAUGUUAAGGAAAACCGCAAUCUGGACAACGUGCCCCCCAAGGAAGGCAGCACACCAGGGCCUGGCGAGGCUGCUCAGCUCUCCAACGGGGGUGGCAGUGGCACCAGCAGGAAGCGGCCCCUGGAGGAGGGCAGCAAUGGCCACUCCAAGUACCGCCUGAAGAAAAGGAGGAAAACGCCAGGGCCCGUUUUACCGAAGAAUGCCCUGAUGCAGCUGAAUGAGAUCAAGCCUGGGCUGCAGUACACGCUGCUGUCACAGACAGGACCUGUGCAUGCACCCUUGUUUGUCAUGUCCGUGGAAGUGAACGGGCAGGUUUUCGAGGGCUCUGGCCCCACAAAGAAAAAGGCAAAGCUUCAUGCUGCGGAGAAGGCCUUACGGUCGUUCGUUCAGUUUCCCAAUGCCUCUGAGGCCCAUCUGGCCAUGGGGAGGACCCUGUCCGUCAACACAGACUUCACGUCUGACCAGGCCGACUUCCCUGACACGCUGUUCAAUGGCUUUGAAACUUCAGACAAGCUGGAGCCGCCCUUUUACAUGGGCUCCAAUGGGGAUGACUCCUUCAGUUCCAGUGGAGACCUCAGCUUGUCUGCGUCGCCAGUGCCUGCGAACCUCACUCAGCCUCCUCUCGCUGUCCCCCCGCCAUUCCCACCCCCAAGUGGGAAGAACCCCGUGAUGAUCUUGAACGAGCUGCGCCCGGGACUGAAGUACGACUUCCUCUCCGAGAGCGGGGAGAGCCACGCCAAGAGCUUCGUCAUGUCCGUGGUUGUGGACGGUCGGUUCUUCGAAGGCUCAGGAAGGAACAAGAGACUUGCAAAAGCCCGGGCUGCGCAGUCGGCCUUGGCAACCAUUUUUAACCUGCACUUGGAUCAGACGCCGUCCCGCCAGCCUAUUCCCAGUGAGGGUCUUCAGUUGCAUUUACCGCAGGUGCUAGCAGAUGCUGUCUCACGCCUCAUCCUGGGGAAGUUUGGGGACCUGACCGAGAACUUCUCCUCCCCGCACGCUCGCAGAAAAGUGCUCGCGGGGGUUGUCAUGACAACAGGCUCAGAUGUCAAAGAUGCCAAGGUGAUAAGUGUUUCUACAGGAACAAAAUGUAUCAAUGGCGAAUACAUGAGUGAUCGUGGCCUUGCACUAAAUGACUGCCAUGCGGAAAUAAUAUCUCGAAGAUCCCUGCUUAGAUUUCUUUAUACACAGCUUGAGCUUUACUUGAAUAACAAAGAUGAUCAGAAAAGAUCCAUCUUUCAGAAAUCAGAGCGGGGAGGGUUCAAACUGAAGGAAAAUGUCCAGUUUCAUCUGUACAUCAGCACCUCUCCCUGUGGAGAUGCUAGAAUUUUCUCACCACACGAGCCAGUACUGGAAGAACCAGCAGACAGACAUCCAAACCGCAAAGCGAGAGGACAGCUACGGACAAAAAUCGAGUCUGGAGAGGGGACGAUUCCCGUGCGCUCGAAUGCGAGCGUCCAGACUUGGGAUGGGGUGCUGCAGGGCGAGAGGCUGCUCACCAUGUCCUGCAGCGACAAGAUCGCCCGCUGGAACGUGGUGGGCAUCCAGGGGUCCCUGCUCAGUGUUUUUGUGGAGCCGAUCUACUUCUCGAGCAUCAUCCUGGGCAGCCUGUACCACGGGGACCAUCUUUCCAGGGCCAUGUACCAGCGGAUCUCCAACAUUGAGGACCUGCCGCCUCUGUACACCCUCAACAAGCCCUUGCUCAGCGGGAUCAGCAAUGCAGAAGCGCGGCAGCCAGGGAAGGCGCCCAACUUCAGCGUCAACUGGACGGUAGGCGAUUCCGCCAUUGAGGUCAUCAACGCCACGACGGGGAAGGAUGAGCUGGGCCGCGCGUCCCGCCUGUGUAAGCACGCGUUGUACUGUCGCUGGAUGCGUGUGCACGGCAAGGUUCCCCCCCACUUACUACGCUCCAAGAUUACUAAACCCAACACAUACCAUGAGUCCAAGCUGGCGGCGAAGGAGUACCAGGCUGCCAAGGCGCGUCUGUUCACAGCCUUCAUCAAGGCAGGGCUGGGCGCCUGGGUGGAGAAGCCCACGGAGCAGGACCAGUUCUCACUCACGCCCUGACCUGGGCGGGUGCAAGGAGGGAGUGCAGGGGGCUGCUGGGCACCCAGCCUUGGCCCCCAGGAUCUACAUCUGAGCUGGGGCCAGCACACACCUUGGGGAGGGCACGGGGGUCAUAGGGACCACUGAGCAUCUGGUGUCAUCCUGGCAUCUCACAUCUGAGCCGGGCAGGUGGCAGGUGGGCAGGGUGUGGGGGUUCUGGGGUCUGGCAUUGCCACCUGGCAUCUCUGCCACAGUGUUUCCCUUUUUGAUUAUCCAGUGACUGCUUUCAACCUCAGUUUACGUUUAGAAAUUGAGUUCUACUGAGUAGGGCUUCCUUAAAUUUAGGAAAAUAGAAAUUACUUUGUGUGAAAUUAUUGAAAAAAUAAUUUAUUCAGAGCUAGGAAUGUGGUUUACAAAAUAAGUAAUUAUGUCAGGUCACUUUUAUGCCACAUUAUUUUAAUUGCAGAAAAGCAUUUAUAUGUGGAUGAGGGUGAGAAAAUAGAGGUAGGAGAUAGAAACCUAAAGAAAAUCCUCAUACGCACCUAAACUUAGGUACCCAUUCUCCAAGGCACUUCCACUAUUAGUUUCACAUGUAGAUGUUAACCAUCUCUCCCGGGAGCAGACCCCAGCAUGACGUGGCGUGACCCUGAUGCACAUGCAGGUUCUGCAGAGUCAUGACCCGGCCCAAUAGUCCUCAGCUGCCUCUAGAAGCUUCUAUACCUCUUGUAGGAUCAGAUCAUGGAAACUUUUCUUGGUUUCCUUCACAUAAUCAAAGAUAAAACAUUGUCCAGUAAUACUACACUGGCCACUUGCUGGGUUUCUUAAACAGUAUUUAGCUUGUGUGGACUGGAAGGAAUCAGCCGGGGCCAGUGCCCAACACAGAGCAGACACCCCCUCUACCCCUAGCUCUGCACCUGUGGAUGGGAAGGGCUGCCCCAAGAUCUUCCCGGGGUAGGAGUAGAAUUAUUUAAUAGAUGUUCAUUCUCAGAAAAUACCACGUCGGGCUUGUGUUUAAAUUGUUCCUUCCGGCUUUAUCAAAGACAUGUUUGAAAGACAAAAAGGAGUCAAGCUGAAAGCCAGUGAGACAGUGCUGCUGGUGCAGUGGACCAGGCUGGUUGUCAUGAUGGGGAGAGCUUGGGUGCUGCUGGCAUCUCAUGGAGGACCCAGGGACAUGUGCUCCCCACACGUACAGGAUGGCCCUACGACCGCUAGCCAGCCCAGCAGGUCAGGAGCCCCAUGGCUGAGGACCUGGUGUGGCCUGCCUUGGCCCGAGCUCAGAGAUUUGCACCAGUUGCCUUGUGUCUGCUCAGGAUUAGAGUGGAGUCGGAGCAAAGUGCCCAGCACCCUCAUGGCUCUGGAGGUUGUGCUGGGGCGGCUGUCACGGGGGCUGUGGGCCGAGACGGGUGCAGACCCCACCCCACAGUACACACCUGCUACAGCCAAAUCUAGGGUGUUGGUACCUCAGUGGCAUUGAGCUGUUCACCAGGGUAUUUUGUGUCCUUUACGGGCUUAGAAAAACCAGAACAGGAGCAGAGUGGCCACCAUCAUUCCCAGGAUCCCGGGAGCUCAGACCUCGAGAACUGGAGCAUCAUGGCUGUGGAGGCGUGUGCCUCUGGCCAUCAAGACCUCCCUGUACGUGUCCAUAUGGAUGCGUCACAGUUGUUCUUGUCCCGUGGGGCAGGAAGGGACACUCAGGGUUCAUUGUUGGGGAUGCAACCAGGUUCAGCAGAGUGGAAGUCUGCCCCACACAAGCCUUCCCUCUACUGAUGGGGUGGCUACUGCCCUUAGACCGUCAGAGCAGGGUCUCAGGCCCUGCAUGCCAUGGGGGUCUUGUUGGGGUGAACAGGGCUGGAGUUUUCAUUGCACUUAUGGAAGGAAAGGUAUCUGGUGAUGUCUCUGCCCUUCCCCAAAGCAGCCUCUUUUAAACAUCUUGUGAGUCUGUGUGGCUUUAUUUUUGUCCCUAUAAAUUAUAUUUUUUCUAAUGGGGAUUGAUAGAUGGAUGUAGUUUUUAAAACAAGAUGUGGAUUUUGGUUGCAAAGUUCAGUGGAAAUAUAUUCCAUAUACACACACAAACUGUUCGGCAUGUCUGUCUUUUCCCUCCUGUCAGGUAAUAACUGAAAUGAGCGUGGCCUCCUCCACCCAUAAAUGAACGCCUUAUCAGGUGGGACCUGAGCAGGGCCUGGGACCACAUGAGCCUCUCCCCGCUGGAUGCGUGCGGCUGAGAGGGCAGGCCCAGCACAGGGUACACCACCGCCUGGGUCCUGGUGGAAGGAAGGCAGACAGCCCAGGAGUCCUGAGUGGGUGGGCAAGUGAGGAGGGCGGUGGCAUGUGGGGAGCACCACCUCAUCUAGGAGUCACUUCCCUAGCCAGGGGCAAGAGGCCCCACUGCUUCCGGGUCAGGACAACUUGAACAGCUCAUCUGUAAUAAAAAAAAAAAAGCAAAUAAAUGCCCCCCGCACCCCCGACAGACCAGGAAACCACUUCCUGCCUUCCUUCCCAGUGCUCAUGGUGCCUCAAUUGCACCUGAGCGGUUCCGCUGCUGCAUCACUUUGCAUCCAGUGUCUGUGAUCUGCUUUUAGAGACUUAGAAAAUUUGGCACAAAUGGGAACUUGAUUUUUUGAGAAAAAUCUUAAAUUUUGAGGACUUUUUGACACGUGGGGAGUGGGAGGGUUUCUCUUCUGUUCUGACAGCUAAACCUCAAGUAUUAAUUCCAGAGAGACACUGUCCCUUGGGAUGACUCACGUCUUGCAGGUUGGAGGUCAGCAUUGUAACAGAGUCUCAGGUGGGGUGGCGUUCUGUGAUGUGAGCCAGGGCUCUUGCACGCUGGGUCAGGGCCCAGGGACCGUCACAGGUCAGGGAUGUCGCAACCUCCUUCACCAGCCCUCAUCCCAGCUCAGAGUAUCAGAAGGUUUCGCCUCUUCCAGCAAGGUACGCCGAAGAAUUGCCAUUUUGAUUGAGUCUCCAUUUAACUUCUCGUCAUCUUUUUCUAUUUUGGAGAUUUUUUUUUUGUAAUUAAAAACAAUUGUUUUAAAACGUACAAGCCAACAUCAUAAGGCAUUGAUUUCUCUGAGUUUGUUCUGGCAACUGUAUUUGUCUCCGGGCUCUAGGUCACUGCCUUCUUUGUGAAGACAGAGCUGCUGCUCCUUGUGAUCUCCAACAGCCACACGGAGGGUGGCAGCUCCGUCGCAGCACGUGCACAGAUCUGAGGGCGGGCCUAGAGAAGCUGUGGGGAGCACACACCACCCCUUUUCUCAGAGUAAACACGUCAGUAGUUGAAACACAGAUGGGUCUUUUUCACUUCUAAAAUAUUUUACACCAGAAAUAUCAGGUCUGUCCCCAUCCUAAAUUUGAUCCAGCAAGAGAAAUAAAAUUAGCUGACUUCCCAUCUCUAAAUUCUGUGAAAUUAGAGAAUCUCUCAAAAGAUUUUUUAUCAACCCCAAACUAUAUGAAUGGAAAGGGCAGAGUGUUUGUGUUUGUGUGUGGUGUCCUUGUCCCCUAACCUAUCGAGUGACAAUCUCCCUGUGGUGAGGAGGCUGGUGGCCACUCAGCGCUGCCACACCAGGGUUCUGGUCGCCACGUGGUGCUGGGGAAUGGCAUAAGGGAGGCCUCUGCCCGCCAGGUGCCAGGACGAGCUGAGGUGGAUGGUGGGUCCGACUUGAUGGUGACUCUUACAGUUCCACGUGAGAGCCCCACUCCUGCUUCUGGUGGCACCGUCUGUGCUCCCUCGUUUACUGUUUGGGGGACGAGUACCACGCCCCAAGAAUGCUUGUUUUGGCCACAGCAUAAGCUGAUGGUGCGUAAGGAACGGAUGGGCCGCUCUUCUAAACCUGAGCACGAAUGAUUAGAAGCACAGUCUGUGGAAUGUUAAUGGAGUAAGCCCCUAAAGCCAUUUGCUUUUCCAGGCUUUGGGUUAUGUGCUUUUAAUUUGAUUUUAGAAUCUGGACACUUUAUAUGAAUGUAAUUCAGCCAAGAAACUUGUUGCUAAGAUACAAUCCUUGGUGUUCUCUGUCUGUAUAUUUAUAUAUAUACCACACCUUACAGCCUGCAUGAGCUUCCUCACCGAGACCAGCCGGGACUGAGCAUGAGACGCUGUCAUAUGUAGACAAAGGAGUUGAGAUGU